AUGCAGCAAAUCCAAACGCGGCAUGUGAACACUCAGGAUUCCUCAAUAAGCUUAAAACUUUCACCUGAAAAGACUUCCACGCGCCGGAAUUCCAUUCGUCUUCUCGAACUCGAGAAGGGUUUUGCAGAGCUAUUUAUCUCAAUGCAGGGCGCGGCCUUGGAAUUGGAUAUGGUAGGGAUGGCGUGGUUCAGCGCAUUGUUGAUCGGGGCGGGAUGUUUUGCAAUCGGGUUGUUAUUCGGGUCGCGCCGUUCGUCUCGUAGCUCUGCUCUUUUUCCGACCAAUGCUGAAAUCGACGGCGACAGUAGGAAGAAGAAUGCGCGGAGCAAACAGCCUCUUGAGGUCGAAAAACUUGCUGAUAUUAUCGAGGAUUUUAAGAUGGUUUUGGUUGUGAGGAAUGACCUAAAAAUGGGGAAAGGGAAGAUUGCUGCCCAAUGCAGCCAUGCCACAUUGGGGCUGUACAAGAAAAUCCUUAACCGUGCACCAAAGUCUUUAAACAGAUGGGAGAUGUGCGGGCAGGUUAAGGUUGUCGUGAAAAUUGAAAGUGAAGACGACAUGCUUGUUUUACAGGAAAGGGCUAAAUCGCUUAAUUUACCAACUCAUAUUACAGUCGAUGCUGGGAGAACACAGAUUGCUCCAAAUUCAAGGACAGUAAUGGCAAUUUUAGGGCCAGCCGACCUAGUCGAUGAUGUAACAGGUGGAUUGAAGCUUUUAUAA